ACAUGGCAGCAAAUGAUGUCCCUUGCUGUGAGCCUAUGUUCUGGUUUUACCUAAUCGCAUGUUUUGCUCUGGUGGCUUUCGCAGGUUUAAUGUCAGGGCUGACUCUUGGGCUCAUGUCUCUUAGUCUCGUCGAGCUCGAGGUCAUAAUCAAGGCUGGUGAACCCAAGGACCGCAAAAACGCUGAAAAGAUCCUUCCACUCGUUAAAAACCAGCAUCUUCUCCUUUGUACACUCCUCAUAGGCAAUGCUUUGGCAAUGGAGGCUUUACCAGUCUUUGUCGAUUCUCUGCUUCCGGCUUGGGGCUCUGUUCUGAUAUCGGUGACUCUCAUACUUGCCUUUGGCGAGAUUAUACCUCAAGCUGUAUGCUCUCGAUAUGGUCUGAGCAUCGGAGCAAAGCUAUCGAUUUUGGUUAGAUUCAUUGUCGUAGUCUUCUUUCCGCUAGCUUAUCCAAUCAGCAAGCUACUAGAUUUGUUGCUUGGAAGAAAACAUUCUACACUUUUAAGGCGAGCAGAGCUCAAGUCAUUUGUGUUUAUGCAUGGAAACGAGGCGGGAAAAGGCGGAGAACUAACUCACGAUGAAACAACAAUCAUAUCAGGAGCUUUAGACAUGUCUCACAAGAGUGCCAAAGACGCAAUGACACCAGUCUCAGAGAUAUUCUCACUCGAUAUAAGUUCCAAACUCGACGAAAAGACAAUGGGAUUAAUAGCAAGUGAAGGCCAUAGCCGAAUCCCUAUUUACUCUCUGAAUCCAACUUCUAUCAUCGGAUAUAUUCUGGUCAAGAACUUGAUCAAAGUCCGUCCUGAAGACGAGACACCAAUCAUAGAUCUCCCCAUCAGAAGAAUGCCAAGGGUCAAUUUGACUUUACCUCUCUACGACAUCCUCAACAUCUUCCAAACAGGUCGAAGCCACAUGGCAGCUGUCGUUAGGACCAAGAACUGUACCGAUACCAACACUCUUUCCCAUGUCAAGAGCAUCAAUGGU